AAUGUUAACAAUAAUAAUAAUAAUAAUAACAAUAAUAAUAACAAUAAUAAUAACAAUAAUAACACUAGUAAUUCAAAUAAUACAAACACAUCAAUAACUGAUCAAAGUAACUCAAAUGAUACAGUUGAAGUAGAUCCAAGAUAUAGUAUGCCACAAAAAACCUCUACAACAUCAUUUUCAAUGUCAUCACUUCCAUUUUUUAAAAUACCAAAUAGAAAUAAUAACAACAAUAACAAUAAUAAUAAUAAUAAUAUUAACAACAAAGGUACAUUGGCAGCUGGUUCAUCAUCGAUAUCACCACCAAAUUCAGCAAGAAGUCAUUAUAACAGUGGUAGUGGAUCCAAUAGCCAUACACCUCAACUUUCAUCUUCAUUUUCAAAUUUACCAAAAAUUGAAUCAUCACCACCAAAAUCAGAUCAAUUAAAUCCUGUUGUUGUACCAACAUUUAAUCAUCCUCUAAAAACUUCUUUGCCAACUUUUUCAAUUCAACCACCUUCAUUACAACCAUCACCACCUAAUAACAAUUAUGCUCAAACAAUAUUUUCACCAAAUAAAAAUCAACAACAACCACAACAACAAAAUAAUUCAAAUAACAAUAAUAAUAACAAUAUUAAUAAUAAUAAUAGUAAUAAUAAUUCAAAUAAAACAAUUAUUAUUGCACCAAAUUCUUUGUUUUUUAGUGAUCCUUCAAUUAUAUCAUUAAAAAGUCAUCCAAAAACUACAAAUAAGGUUAAAUUUUUAGAAAAAUAUCCUUUACCAAAGAAAUAUUAUGAAAGUUCAAAUGAUCUAAUAAGUACAUUUGGUUUUAAAAAGAAAAAUAGUGAAGCAGGUAACCUUUUAUCAUUAUUAUCAACUUCUCAACAAAAAGAAAUUGAAGAAAAGGAAAGAUCUAAAAUAUCAAAUACUCCUCAAAUGUCUUUUUAUAUUCAACACAUGGGAAAUAUUGUAUCGCAAGAAUUAGAAAAAAAUAAUAUUGAUGGUUCAUGGAAAUCAAUAAUUAUAGGUUUGGCUAAAAAGGCAACUGAUAAUGUAAAAAUUCAAGUAAUUAACGGUGAUAAAAUGUCCACAAACGAAUAUAUUAAAAUUAAAAAAAUUCCAGGUGGUAAUAAAUUAGAAUGUGAUUAUAUCGAUGGUAUUGUUAUGACAAAAAUUUUAACCCAUAAAAAGAUGAAAGAUUCAUUUUCAAAUCCAAAAAUAUUAUUAUUAAGUUGUUCAGUAGAGUUUCAAAGAGUCGAAAAUAAAUUCCUUUAUUUUGAUCAAUUAUUACAACAAGAAAAAGAUUAUCUCCGUAUUUUAGUAUCAAAGAUUGCAGAAAGAAAACCUGACCUUGUAUUGGUUGAAAAAACAGUAUCAAGACAUGCUCAAGAUUUCUUAUUGGAAGCCGGAAUUUCUUUAGCUUUAAAUGUAAAACCAAAACUUUUAGAAAGAUUAGGUAGAUGUUUAGGUGGUGAAGUUUUACCAACAUUAGAUAUUAUAUACCCGGCUAAUGCUACACCAAAUAAUGGAUUAUCACCAUCUAUCAAUCCAAGCAACAGUCCAAUGAUGUCAACUCCAGUAAAAUCAACAAGUUUGUCAGCAUCAACAGCUUUACCAACUACACUUGGAUCAUGUGGUCAAUUUAGAGUUAAAACCUUUUCCGAAGUUGGUUUAAAAGAAGAAGGUGUUUUUGGUAAAAAAACAUUAAUGUAUUUUGAAAAGUGUCCUACUGAAUUGGGUUCAACCAUUACAAUUAGAGGAGAAAAUUUAGAAACUUUAAAGAUUAUAAAGAAAAUUCUUAGAUUCUGCAUUUAUUCAUUACAUCAUGCCUAUUUAGAAUUAAAAUAUCUUUUAGAUCAAUCAUCAACACCAAAUCCACUCUAUAUUACAAACAAUAAUGGUCAAAACUUAUCUUGUUCACCACAAAUUAAAUUCCCACUACCAAAAAUUUAUCCAACUAUACCAUGGAAAUAUAAAUUUACAAGUCAACAUAUACCAACAAAGAAAAUGUUACUUCAAAGUUUUUAUAAACCACAUUCUGAUACUGGCCAACAACAAUCAGUUUUACAAUAUACAUCAGAUGAUGAAGUUUUAGGUAUAGGUACAUCAGAAGCAUUUAAACAAAAUAAAAUGUAUUUCCCAAUCGAAAAUGAAUCAAUGUAUGACCAUCAAUCUAUUGUUUAUACACAUUCAAUCUUUUGCAAUUCAACCCAAUGUAUUCCAUUCGAAUUACAUUCAAUCAACUUUUAUACAGAGAACGAUUUAACUUUAGGUGAAUUUCUUAGUAAAUUUUGUUUUAGUUAUCAUGUAUGUAACAUUAAAGAAUGUAACCGUCCAUUAUCAGAACACGAAAGAACUUUUAUGAAUUCCACUACUCGUAUAAAUGUUUGUAUUCAAAAAACUCAGACUAUUCCAGCUACAAUCCAACAGCAACAACAACAGCAAAGAUUUCCACAACGUUCAAAUAUCACUGUUAUCAAUCUUUGUAAAAUUUGUAAUAAAUUUAGUCAAGAGAAUAAAAUGUCAGAAGAAGCUUGGGAAAUGUCAUUUGGUAAAUUUUUAGAACUCUGUUUCUUUGGUUUCUUACCAAUCAAAAGUGGUGAUAUUACACCAGAAUGCAAUCAUAAUGCCUCCAAAGAUCAUAUUUCUUAUUUUUAUUAUCAAGAUUUUGCAGCAAUUUUUUCUUAUGAACCAUUGGCUACUCUUGAACUUUCCUUACCAUCAAAGAACUUAAAAUCUUGUCACACUGAAAAACAAAAGCUUCAACUUCGUAUCAAACAAUUAGAAUUAAUGAAUCAAUGUGCCAUUCAAGUAUAUGAUGCAAUUCAAGAGAAACUUUGUGACUUGGGUCAGGAUAAUCAGGAUAGAAUUCACGAAUUAAUUCCAUCAUUAACUUUAGAAAGACAAUUAAUUUGUAAUAAAAUUGAAACUUUAAUUCAACAAGCAGAGUCAUCAACUGAUGGUAAUGAAACGCUCAUUAAUCUUACAAAGGUUUUGUAUGCUAAUUUUAUGACAUGGAAUUCUCAAUUAAGUGGUCUCAGUGAUAGUACCCCAUAUCAUCGUUCAAAGAAAAAUAAUAUUCAAAACCAAACCCCACAAACACAACAAUUAUCAUCAUCACUUUUAUCACAACCACAAUUUCCAUCAUCAUUUGUACAACCACCACAAUUUGCAUCAUCAUAUAGUGUUCAACCAUCACCAUUACAAUUACAAUUACAACAACAACAACAGCAACAGCAACAACAACAAAAAGAAAAAGAAAAGGAAAAUAAUGAUACAGAAGAAAAAGAAGAUGAUGAAUCAUUAGAAAAUAAAGAUAAUGAACAAAAUACAAUUGAUUCAUUAAGUGAAACAAAUAGUAUUUCAAAUAAUAAUAGUUCAAAUAAUUUACAUGAUGACAAUAAUAAUAAUAAUAAUAAUAAUAAUACUAAUAACAAUAACAAUAAUAAUCAAUUAUUAUCACCAUCAAUUGUAUUAAAUAAAAGUAGUCAAGGUAUAAAUGCUGCAACAUUAUCAUUACCAACAAUUAAUAAUAACUAUAAUUCUGUGGAAACUGAUUUAACAUUACCACUUAAUCAUCAAAGUUUAAAUUUUGCAAUUUCUGGCUUUGGUUCAUAUAAUAACAUCCCAACUGUAUCAGCUAUACCACCUUCAGUAAAUGGUUCAAGUAAUCUUUCAAUGAAUUAUUCUCCAAAUGGAUUAUCAAAGGAUCCAGCAAAGAAACAACCAUUAAAAAUUAUUGACACCAUUACAAAUAUUGUAACAUCUAUUUCUCAAACUAAAAUUUUAGGACCAACAAUGCCAUAUCUUUUAUUAGAAAGUACAGAUAAUGUUGCCUUAUUCGAAAAUGAACCUAGUACAACUAUUGCUUAUACUCUAUCAAGUGCUGACUUUAAAACUGCAUUAAAAACUUUAUUAGAAGAAGAAUUGAAAAAGAUUAGCGAGAUUGAAAAACAAUAUGAACAACAAGAAAAACAAGAACAACAAGAACAUCAACCAUCUCAUCCAUUAUCCCAAUCUCAAUCAUUACAAAACUCACCAGUUUUAAGACCUACAAGUUUAAAUAUUUUAGAUAAACCAAUUCUUGAUAGUUUAAAGAGUUUACAAGGUGAAAAUAAAAAACAAUCAAAUUCCCCAAUUUCAAUUUCACCAUUAUCAACUUCAUUUGAUAAAAAGAAAGUUUUAAAUUCAACUUCACCAAUUUCAACAAUUUUAGAAAAAGAAAAAAAACAUAAAUUAAAUUCAUCAUCAUCAUCAAUAUCAUCACCAUCAAUAAAUAAUAAUAAUAAUGAAAAAGAUGAAAAGGAGGAUAAAGAGGAAAAAGAAUUAAAACAACAAAAUGAAAAACAAGAAAAAGAUUUAGAAUUUACAACAGCAACAAUUGAGGAAUUAAAAAUUCAAGAUGAUACAUCAAUAAAUGAAAAAAUUGAAGAUUAUAAAGAUGAAUUAAUUUAUGAUGAUUGUUUAGAUGAUGAUGUAUUAUCAGAUAUUUAUUCAGAAAAGAAUAUUAGGUUAUCAAAAUUAAUGGUAUCAAUUCAACGUAAAGAAAUUAGAAGUAGAUUUAAAUUUGAAAAGAAUGGUUACGAGGUAAAUAUUUUCUGUUCAUCUUAUUAUCCAGUACAGUUUCAUGCUUUAAGAGAAUAUAUGGUUGGUGAUCAGGAUUUCAUUCAAUCUUUGACUAGAUCUAAAAUCUGGAAUGCAAAAGGUGGUAAAAGUGGUUCAUCAUGGAGUAAAACAUUAGAUGAUCGUUUCAUUCUUAAACAAGUUAGUCGUAUUGAAUUGGAAUCAUUUUUAGAUUUCGCUCCUUUAUAUUUCGAAUAUAUUUGCAAAUCAUUCCUUAAUCAAAUCCCAACAUCACUUUGCAAAAUUCUUGGUGUCUUCACUGUCCGUUGGAAAGAUUCAAAUGGUAAAUCAAUCAAAAGAGAUUUAAUAGUCAUGGAAAACCUUUUCCACAAUAAAUCAAUUUCAAAAACUUAUGAUCUUAAAGGAUCACUCCGUGGUAGAUUGGUAAAGAACGAAUCCGAAGUACUCUUGGAUGAAAACCUUUUACAAGCUUCCUUUGCAUCACCCAUUUGUUUAGGAGAAUACGAUAAAACUAGAGUUGCAUUAGCAGUUUGGAAUGAUACAGCAUUUUUAUCAUCAUUAAAUGUUAUGGAUUACUCUUUAUUAUCAGGUAUAGAUACUCAAAAUAAUCAAUUGGUAGUUGGUAUUAUAGAUUAUAUGAGAAAGUUCACUUGGGAUAAAGCUUUAGAAAUGAAGGUUAAACAAUCAGGUAUUAUGGGUGGUGGUGGUAAAGUUCCAACUGUUAUUUCACCAAAGCAAUACAAAAUUAGAUUCCGUGAUGCAAUGUGGUUAUACUUUACUUUAUCACCAGAUAAAUUCACAAAAGUCGAAAAUUUACAACAAAUAGAAAAAAAGAAAAACAAUUUAUUAAACAACAAUAAUAAUAAUAAUAGCAAUAAUAAUAGUAAUAACAAUAAUAAUAAUAGAAAUAAUAGCAAUACUAAUAGAAAUAAUAACAUAAAUUCAAGAUAA